CACACACGCAAAUUCUGAUUUUACCAAUUCAUAAGGCCAUCAAAGAAAUGUCGUUCCGAAAAUGGAUGGGAAUGAGUUCUGGGAGUUCUUCUGAAUGGCGAAAGAGCAUGUUGGAGUUGGAGCAAUUGAAGCAACCAUCAGUCCCAGAAUCAUUAACCGAUCGGUUUUUUGGAUUAACGAAUUAUGGUAACACCUGUUAUGUGAGUUCUGUGCUCGUUUCUUUAUAUCAUAUAAAGCCAUUUCGCGAUAGUUUGAAUGCUUUUCCAAUUCCGAGUGUUCCACCAAAUUGCAAAAGCGUCUGUGUGAAGUCAAAUGGAUCAGAUGCAUCAGGAUCCAGCUCUUGGUAUUCAUCUUCUCGUAAGAAAAGCAAUGAUUCAAAAAAGCAGCCAUCACCAGCUAAUUUGAAUGGUUGCGGUUGCGUAGAUAUUACAAUGGCUGGUAUCGAAAAUGGUUCAAAGCAUCAAAUCCAAGUGAAUAACACCAGCUAUACAACGUAUGGAAUGGAAGAAAAUGUAUAUACGAGCUUGAAAGAUUUAUAUGCAUGUGUCAGUUCUUGCGAAUGCCGUUAUGGUGUGUGCAGCCCCGAGAGAUUUGUUCAAAUUUUGAGGCGCGAUAAUGAAUCUUUUCGAAGUACUAGGCAGCAGGAUGCACAUGAGUUUUUAAAUUUUUUACUUAACUCUAUAACUGAAAUUUUGGAUGAAUAUCAUGCAAAUCACCCCGAAAUUCCUCACUCAAGAUGGAUUCAUUCUUUAUUUGAGGGUACUUUGACUAGCGAAACAAAGUGUCUUACUUGCGAAAAUAUUACUUCAAGGGAUGAAAGCUUUUUGGAUCUCAGUAUUGAUAUAGAAGAGUACUCCUCUGUUACCUCUUGUUUGCGAUCAUUCUCUGCUUCUGAAAUGCUUUGUGCAAAAAACAAGUUUCAUUGCGAUGCUUGCAAGAAUUUACAAGAAGCAGAAAAACGUAUGAAAAUAAAAAAGCUACCAAAAAUAUUAGCCUUGCAUUUAAAGCGGUUUAAGUAUAAUGAAACACUGGAAGCUCAUGAUAAACUGUUUCAUACUGUCGUGUUUACAAACGAAAUGAGGCUUUUUAAUACAACAGAUGAUAAUGAGGAUGCUGAAAAGCUUUAUUCUCUAUCCGCUAUAAUUGUUCAUGUCGGCGGUGGCUCUCACCAUGGUCAUUAUGUUUCUAUAGUUCGCACAAGGUCAAGCGGAUGGGUAUUGUUUGACGAUGAAAAAGUAACUCCUGUAAAUGAAUCGUAUUUACAAAGAUUUUUUGGUGAUCAACCUGGACAAGCAACUGCGUAUGUCCUUUUUUAUACGGCAGCUGAAGAAUUUGAAGACUAUCAGGAUACUAGCAAUGAUGACACACUUCCAUAUCCUAUAUCCAUUCCAAAUCCGACUAAUAACGAGAAUACGGAAGUAAAUAAUACGCCAGCUACUCCCAAAUCAAUGUCUACACUGGCCCAUGGUGACUUAGAUCCUAUGGUAACAUCAUAUUCCUCUCAAUACUCACAAAAAGCUGAUAAGGACUUUCAUUUUCCAUUCAGUUCUGACAUGAGCUCUUCGAUGGAAUCUGAGCGUAAUCAUCUCAAAUCAACUGAAGCUUCGCCAAAAUUUCUAAAACGCGAAAGCAGAUCCUUUUUCCCUUCUUUAAGUCGAAGUAAGAGUCAUAAAUUUAUAUUCUCUUCACAAAGCAACUCUCCCAAGGAUACGCCUUCACGUGAUAAUAAACAUCUUUUAGAAUCUGAAGUGAAACAAUCGUUUCCAUAUAACUUUCGGAAACUAAAAUGAAAAAAAUGAAGCGGGUUCAAAUCUAUUGGGGUAAGAUUGGCUUUUUGUUUUCAUUUAUUUUUGUAUCUUAUUGCUUCAUUGAGGUUUCUUUGUUUAUGUGCUCCUUUAAGUUUAUGUAGCGUUUACUACCUUUCGUUUACGAUUUGCAUUCAUUAGUUAUUUAGUAUUAAUUUUUAUCUUAUUUGUUUCAAUAGCUUUGACACGUAUUGGACUAAUGGAUAUAUUUCCGUCAUUCUUCAUCAAAUUCAUUUCUUAUUAUCACGUUAACAUGAU